GUAACAGACCACAACAGAAAAGAGAAAAAUCUGAACGUGCGGCUUUCAACGAAACCGCAGAAGCAUCAGCUACAAAGUAAAAACGGCUACUCGUUGUCUUGCGGAGCUAUAAAAACAACGAGCUACAGUUCAGUUGCCACAAACGUGCACAAGCCGAGCAAGUGUCAACAUAAGUGCGAUAUUCAAUUAUAACCGCAACAACAACGAAAGUAAACGCAGUUACCGGUACUUCGAAUAACUGUAAAUAAGAACAGAUAAAAACUUGAACUUAAAAAAGAAACAGAAUACCAAAAUGCAGUCGAUGGCAAAACAAACUCUGCGCGCAAUGCCGCAGAUGAGCAAACAAGUGAGCUACUUAUCCACGAGCAGCGCCUGCAGAGCCGUCGUUGGUGGCAAAGACAGCGUUGUCGAGAUUAAGGCGCCGCCGAAGACAACCUCGGAAAAAUUUAUUGCCUUCCAAAAGAAACUGCGUGCUAAGACGCCUCUAGGUAAAUUGGAUGAAUUCUCCCGUCAUCCCUACCAGGAGAAAGAGCCACUGAAGCCAUGGCCCAACCAGACAAAUCCCUACACAGGCGAAAUUGGCGGACCCGCUGGACCGGAGCCAACGCGCUAUGGCGAUUGGGAGCGCAAAGGACGCGUCUCCGAUUUCUAGUCCCAGUGGAACA